UCCCCACUCCUGCAGUCCUUCUCCACCUAGCUCCCCCGCGCCAAGAACACGCCAGCUAGCAAGCGCGCUCGAUCGAAUACCGUUACCGUGUCGCCAUGGCCGCCACCGCGUCUCUAUCAGCCGUCGGGGCGCCGCUGUCGGUGCCCGGGCUCAGGAAGCCGCUCGGCGUGUCGUCGCUCCGGCCCCUGCAGCCGAGGGCGGCGAGGAUGACGACGACGGCCGUGCGGGCGUCGGCGUCGCCCUCGUCCACGUCCAUCAAGGAGAAGGCUGCGGCCGGGCUGACCGCGGCGGCCCUGGCGGCCGCGCUGGUGCUGCCGGACGUCGCGGAGGCCGCGCAGUCCGGCGGGCUCACGCCGUCGCUCAAGAACUUCCUCCUCAGCAUCGUGUCCGGUGGGGUCGUGCUCGUUGGUAUUGUCGGCGCCGUCGUCGCCGUCUCCAACUUCGACCCCGUCAAGAGGGCCUGAUCGGAAUCCAUCGUAUCGAUCGUCUCGCCUGUGUCCUGUCCUGUGCCUGUGCUGUCUGUAUCGACUGGUGGUGCUAUAUCCCCUGUGUGUUAAUUGAUUUUGGAGAAUGUUCAGACGUA